ACCUGCCCAGGGUGUUCACAAGAUUACGGAGCUUUGUGGAGCCAAGCGUGUGGGUUAUUUUGGUCCUGCUCAAUUUUAUAUUGCUUUGAAGUUAAUUGCAGCAGCUCAGUCAGGGUUCCCAGUACGGAUUGAGAGCAUUAAGAAUGAAUUGCCCCUGCCACGGUUUAUGGCGCUGAAAAAUGACAGUGAAGCACGUUAUGGGACUCCAGCAGAACUCCAUGGAGUUAAAUUUCAGGUUCCACAUGCAACUUUGGAAAAAAAUUCCUACAAAAGAACAGAUGAAGGGGACAAACAGGAACCUAAAUCUCCUCCAAUGUCUCCAAUCUGUUCACCUCCUGCUUCUCCAUCUACUUACCAGAGAAUACCCCUAAGUUACGGAUAUGGUAAAUCAAGAAGUGGUCUGGAACAGCAGCAUGGAGCUCCUUAUGAAGUCAGACACUCUACUCACCAGCAAGAUGGAACAUCAUCAGGGAAUUAUGGAGCCAAACCUGCACUCACCUGCUCAGCUCCAAAUCGGUCUCUUUCAGCAGAGCGGGAGCAGCAGGACAGCAGCACCCACUACUCAGAUGACCCUUGGAGGAUAACAGAGGAGCAGCGAGACUACUAUAUCAACCAGUUCAGGUCCCUACAGCCUGACCUGAACUCCUUUGUUUCAGGUUCUGUGGCAAAGAAUUUCUUCACAAAAUCAAAGCUGCCCAUCCCAGAGCUUUCUCACAUCUGGGAGCUGAGCGAUGUGGAUUGUGAUGGGGCGCUGACACUCCCUGAGUUUUGUGCCGCUUUCCACCUUGUGGUUGCAAGGAAGAAUGGUUACCAGCUGCCUGAGACACUGCCGGAAACACUGCUGCCCGAGUACCUCCAAGCAGCUUCUUUGAAGCCCAUGCGUGACUGCGCGCUGUUUGAUUCUUACUCUGAGCCGUUGCCAGGCGGUCAGCAGACUCGGGACUUCGGUCGCUCAGAGAAGACAACAGCUGAAGAGGUACCUGACAACUCUGCUCUGUUACAAGAGGGAAAGAAAGAUGACAAAGAAGCUGUUAAAGUAAGCACUGCUCUCAAAACGAUACCAAAGGAAUUUCAGCACUUGACUGUGAAAACAGCUGCUCAGGAAUCUAAUGCACUUAAAGCCAGACCACGAUCCAGGUCUUACUCUAGUACAUCAAUAGAAGAUGCCAUGAAAAAGGGAGAAGAGCCCCCUACUCCACCUCCAAGGCCACAAAAAUCACAUUCCAGAGCUUCCUCUUUGGAUCUGAACAAAAUAUUUCAACAA